AUGGGCUGGACGUACGAGAUGAAGAAUGACGACACCCACAAGCCCGACCCUGAGGCGCUCAUCAAGGAAGCUGUUGAAAAGAACAAGGCCGCGUUGUUUGGGUCUCUCCGAAACCUGCCUAUUGAGAACUUCUCCCCUGUGGGCUUCAGCAGUGUCAUCAAGAUCAACUCGGCGACGCGGAGCGGUAACGUUGUGGGCGACAAUUUCCACCAGAGAUCGGAUUUCAUCCUGCCUGGAGAGGACAUCGAGAUCUCCAGGGCCAGCAGUGUCAAGAAAGUGCGGGAAAUCUUUGAUCAGAAGGAUGGCGCGGAGGUCCUCAGGAUCUUCAAAAGAUCGGCGGGCAUAAAGAGGAUCUUCCGGGCUCUCUCCUCGGAGACUGUCGGUGAGAACAGCAACGUUGGGCCCUUUGUACGGCGCGCAUUCACUAUGCUCAAGGCUGAAGAUUCGGUGGCGGGCAAAAAUGCGAAGCAGAGGCAGUUGAGGAAGGUUAUCUAUAACUUUUUACGGAUCAGAUGA